AUGUGUUGUGUCUACCUAGUAGUAGAGUAUGCGCUGCUUUUCUCAAACGUCAAGCCUUGGAUGCUUCAAUGCUGGAUCGAGGCCCAGAUCAGAUGCCUGCAACCACGUGUGGUCUGGGGUGUUGUUGGCGUCACAGGGUCCAGCUGCAAGACCGCGUGGGCGCAAUUGCGACCCAACGCUGACCCGGUUCCCAAGUUUGAAAAAAAAACCUUCCGUGACCGCGAGACACCCUUUUCCCCACCCGAUCCCACCAGUAGCAAAAUGGUGCUCCAAGCAAUCAAGUACUCACGAGGCCGGCUCGAGAUUCUCGACCAGCUGAAAUUGCCCCACAGUGAGGAGUAUGAUUCCAUGUACUCGUCCACCGAUGCAUGGCACGCCAUCAAAGACAUGAGAACGCGAGGGGCACCGGCGAUUGCCAUAGUGGCCGCCUUGGCCCUCGCCGUCGAGCUGGCCAAUAUGAAGCUCUCAUCCAUAGCCGAGGAAGUCAAAGUCUUCGUCACAGAGAAGCUGGACUACUUGGUCACCAGUCGGCCUACGGCUGUCAAUUUGGCAGAUGCAGCGGGCAAGCUGAGGAGAAUCACCGAGGAAACUGCCGCCAGGGACGGUGCAGAUGGGGAGUCGGUCAGAGAAGCAUACAUCGCAGCAGCAGAGCAGAUGCUGAUCGACGAUGUGAGCGACAACCAAAACAUUGGAAAGCAUGGAGCAGAGUGGAUAGCGAAGAAUACACCGGCGGGACAAAAGGGACCCGUGAGCAUGUUGACCCAUUGUAAUACUGGCUCUCUGGCAACCGCAGGCUACGGAACAGCGCUUGGCGUGAUUCGAUCCCUGCAUGCUGCUGGCUCCCUGAAGCACGCUUUCUGCUCAGAGACUCGACCCUACAAUCAAGGCUCGCGGUUGACUGCUUUUGAGCUCGUCCACGACAAGAUCCCAGCCACCCUCAUCACUGACUCCAUGGCUGCCGCGCUUCUCCGCCUGCGAGGUACCAGCGAGAACAUGGCUGCUAUUGUCGUCGGUGCAGACCGUGUGGCAGCCAAUGGAGACACGGCCAAUAAGAUCGGAACCUACUCCUUGGCUAUCCUGGCCAGACACCACGGUAUCAAGUUUCUCGUCGCAGCUCCCCGUACCACGAUUGACAUGAACACCCCAUCUGGGGCUGACAUUGUCAUUGAGGAGCGACCAGGCAAGGAAGUCACGCUGGUCAAGGGUCCAAGGUACGACGGUGUUACUCUAGACCUCGCUGUGGUGGAGACGAUCAGCAUUGCCGCCAACGGUAUCAACGUUUGGAACCCGGCUUUCGACGUCACCCCUGCAGAGCUCAUUGAUGGUAUUAUUACCGAGGUUGGUGUAGUAGAGAAGGAUAGCGAUGGGAAAUUCCCAUUGGCCAGCGUAUUCGAGGCGGAGGGGUUGAAGGUGAAGCCAUCUACGGUCGGAGGGUGCUGA